AUGACCGCACAUGACUCUCCAGUCAAGUCGGCCCAGCAGACUCAGCUGUCGCAGCACGUUGAGACUAUGGCUCCCGUAGAAGAUGAUAUCAAGAUGGAGGGUGGCAACGUGGAGAGCCGCUGGACGCCCGAAGAGGAGCAGAAGGCCCUCCGCAAACUCGACUGGUGUCUGAUCCCCUUGGUCGGCUCACUUUAUCUCGUGUCUUAUAUCGAUCGUGGCAAUAUUGGCAAUGCGUACACCGCUGGUAUGGGAAAGCAAUGGGGCAUUACAUCUAACGACUAUUCUUGGAUUGUAACUGCAUACUACAUUGCCUACAUUUGCUUCCACUGGCUUAUCCUCGUCUGGAAGUUCAUGCCCCUACCGCUCUGGACAUUUUGUAUGGCCUUUGGAUGGGGUACUGCUAGUAUUUUGCAAGCCGCAACGACCAAUUUUGCAGGUAUCAUGGCUCUCCGGCUCCUGAUCGGCGCAUUCGAGGCUGGUUUUGUGCCUGCAGUUGCGCUGUAUCUGACCUUCUUUUACCAUCGACGCGAAAUGGGCCUACGCUAUGGCCUGUUCAUCUCCUUUUCGCCACUGGCCAACUGCUUCGCUUCAGCCCUCGCGUACGGAAUCGUACAGGCAAAGACAAGCAUCCACAACUGGCAGCUGUUGUUCAUCGUCGGCAAGUAUCUAUUCCCUGAUACCGUCAAUCGGUUGCUAAUUGCUCCUUCAGAGGGUAUUCCCACCUUGCUCCUAGCGAUCCUUGCCUACUUCUACCUCCCAGCGUCACCGUCACAAUGUCGAUUCCUCACCCCGCGACAAAACGAAAUCAUCAGCCAACGCGCCAUCAAGGGCCGCGGGGAGGAUACUGAGAGGAAGCUCAACUUCGCUCAAGUCUUUGCUGCGUUCUACGACUACAAGAACUACUUGCAGGCAUUCAUCAUCUUUUGCCUCAAUACCGCUUUUGGCUCGUUGCCGGCUUAUCUCCCAACUAUUCUGAAGGACAUGGGGUAUACUUCUAUAAACGCACAAGGUCUCUCUGCCUGCCCAUACAUCACCGCUUAUUUUGUCUGUGUGGGCAUGAGUAUGAUAUCCGACCGAGUUGGCCAGCGAGGUCCCUUUGUCUUUGUCUUCUGCUGCGUAGGUGCGGUUGGCUACAUCCUCCUGUCCAUCAUCCGUACCACCGCCAUUCGCUACUUCGCAACAUUCCUUGUCUGUGCCGGUGUCUUCCCAGCCGUCGCCCUUACUUUCACCUGGGUCACGGACAACCAAGGCUCCAGCUCCAAGCGAGGUGCAGGGCUUGCCAUCUUCGGCAUGUUUGGGCAAUGCGGACCUAUUCUCGGUGCUCGAUUGUUCCCCAAGUCAGAUGGGCCAUUUUACCACAAGGGAAUGUGGGUUUGUGCCGGUGUGCUCCUUGCCGCAGCUCUUAUGGCCAUCAUUCUGAGCGUAUGCCUUCGCAUGCAGAAUCGACACCGCGACAAGGUCCAUGGCAAGAGUGACCCUGAUCAUGUUCCUGCUGAUAUUGCCGAGAAGGGCGAUGCUCACCCCAUGUACCGAUUUGUCCCGUAG